ACACGCACAGUCGCACCAGAACAUGACGUCAUGGUGCUACGUGGAAUAGCAAGAAGGCUAAUGCUAAUGCUAGUUGGUUUGUAAGUUGAGAGCCACCAAAACAAAUAAUGACAACAGAGCAAGGGAGCCGACAACUCCUGGAUUAACCACCGGAAUGUUCUUGCUUUGAUAAUAACGGCGUAUUUCCUGAUGCGGUAUUAGAGACAUCUGUAUUUGUACAUGACGUUCUUGUAGAGAUUAUACGAUCCUGAGUGCCAGCUCGCGAGCUGUAACUACCGAGGAUUGAUGUUUUCCUUGUAGCCACACCAACGUUAUGCAUUGGCGAACUUAGCUUUGCCAACUAGCUAGCGGGUAGCUACCUGACAGCGAGGCUUUUCUUGACAGACCGAAAUGUGAAAUCGCAAAAUAUAGUUCGUUUAGGUUAAACCUGACAACAAAAAUGCAGAGAAAGACGGUAGUGAUAGAGGACUCCGUGGUAGCGCCGAAUUCACAGUAAGAUUCGUGGAGCAGUUUCUUAAGUUAGUGACAGCUAACGUUAGCUAGCCUAAUAGCCAAAAUGAGUUGGUUCAACGCAUCUAACCUGUCCAGCUUCGCUAAACAAGCUUUAACAACAGCUCAGAAGUCCAUCGACCGAGUGCUGGAUAUCAAAGAAGAGGACCAAUGGGGUGACACAACUGUAAUGCCCUACGACGAUGUUACAUUACCUGGAAAGCUGUCACUAAGUGGAGGAUGGGGAAUGGCACAGUGGGAAGCACCCCCUGAAGAAAAGACCACCACAACUCUUCCUCCCUCCUCUGAAGCCAUUACUACUCCUGUCACCCGCACAGUUGUGGAUGAAUCCGAAAACUUUUUCAGUGCCUUUUUGUCACUUGGAGAUGUACAAGGUGUCACCAAAACCCAGGUUGUGUCUGUACCCCCUACUAAGUCCCAAAGGCAGAAUGAGGAGAAGGAAAAGAAAAACAAAGAUGCUGUGAUCCAAAAAGAUGUGGAGAUCCAAAAGUCAGCACCUGCUAAUAAGAGUAAUAAGAAUCAGACAGCUGAUGAUGGCCAGCAAGUGAAGUCAGAGUCCUCACCAGAAUCACCUUGUGCAGAAACUGUCCUCCUGCAGUCAGUUUCUCCUGUUUCCUCCUCUAGUGAUCUUCCCUGUAACCCUGACAGCAAAAUGGACACUGUAAAAACCGAUGAUGGCUCAGCAAUUUCUCUAGAAUCAAAAACAGAGCAGUCACAGACACUAUCAGAACACCAGGCUGAGCAGGACACCCCAGACUCCUCUAAACCUUCUGCUGUCACUUCUGAACCUAAGAGCUCUACCCCUUCUGAUCCUUCGCCCUCCCUGUCUUCUAAGGAAAUACUCCUUGAGCAAAAAGACUCAAAGGUGGAGGACCGUCAAAGUGAUACCCCCUCUCCUCCAGUUAGUGCUUUCUCCUCAGGAACCUCUACCACCAGUGACAUUGAAGUACUCGACCAUGAGAGUGUGUUGAGUGAGAGCUCUGCCAGCUCCAGACAAGAAACUGGGGAGGGAAAGGCAGGCCUUCACUUAAUGCAGGGCUCCUUUCAGCUUCUCACUGCCUCCACCUGUGGAGAAUUCGCCCGCCUGGAGGACUACCCCAAGCUUACAGAGAGCUCUGGCUCCUCCUCGGAUGCAUUUGAACGCAUUGAUUCUUUCAGUGUGCAGUCACUGGAUAGCCGGAGCGUCAGUGAGGUUAACUCCGAUGAUGAGAUCCCUGGCAGUCGGACGCUAGCGUCUCUCACUACAGGCCCUACUCCUCUAACAGUGUCACCAGCUGUAUGUCAGAAGGAUGAAGGUGAAGUGGCAGAGAAGGUAGGCGAGGAGGAAGAGGGAUUCACUGAAAUGAUGAGGGAGCAGUCAUCAGAUGAGAUGGAAGAGAGUGGACGGAGUGCGACACCUGUGAAUAGUGAGCAGCCUGAAGAAUUGAUAGAACAGAAACAGGAAUCUGAGGCAAAUGUCACAUUGUCUGAUCCCUCCUUCAACACUGAAGAGCAGAUCACUCCACCUAUCACAGAAGAGAUGAAAAGUGUCUCAACAGUUAAGAUACUGGAACUUCAAAAGGUCAUUGAUGAGCUGUCAGGCCGCCUUGAGAAGAGAGAGUCUCAGCUGCUGGCAGUCAACAAAGACAAGGCCAGGCUCGAGGAAGAGUGUGACAAUCUUAGAGAUGAGGUGAUAAGUUUGAAGGAGGAGAGUUCCACUGUUCAGUCCCUAAAAGAUGAGUUCACCCAGCGCAUAGCAGAUGCAGAGAGGAAGGCUCAGCUGGCCUGCAAAGAAAGGGACAUAGCCAAGAAGGAAAUAAAAGGCUUGCGUGAAGAGCUUUCUCUAAGACUUAAUGCCAGUGAUACAAUGGAGUUGAUCAGAGAGAAGGAGGAACAGAUCAGAGGUCUGCUGGAAGAAGGUGAAAAGUUGUCCAAGCAGCAGCUGCAGCACAGCAACAUCAUCAAGAAGUUGCGUGUGAAGGAGAAAGAGAGUGACACAAGGGUCGCCAAGCAACAGAAGAAGAUCAAGGAGCAAGAGGAAGAGCUCAAGCACCUACAGCAGGUUCUAGAUGGGAAGGAGGAGGUUGAGAAACAACACCGGGAAAACAUCAAGAAGCUGAAUGCUGUGGUGGAGCGGCAGGAGAAGGAGCUGAGCCAGCUGCAGUCAGACUGUGAGGAGCUGCGGGAGAAGAACAGGAGCCUUCAGGCUGCUCUAGACAACUCUUAUAAGGAGAUCGCAGAACUCCACAAGGCUAACGCCAGCAGAGCCAGCGAAGUUGAAGAAGCAGCAAUGAGCAGGGAAAUGCAGGCCAAAGAGCAGCUGAGCCUGGCACUUGAGAGAGCCCAGGAGGAUGCCAGGGUGCAGCAGGAGGCCCUAGCCAACCAGGUUGCUGAUCUGAGGCUGGCUCUGCAGAGGGCUGAGCAACAGCAGGCAAGGAAGGAAGAUUAUUUGAGGGAGGAGAUCAGUGAACUGCAACAGAGGCUUCAGGAGGCAGAGUCCAGGAACCAGGAGCUCAGUCAGAGUGUUACCUCAGCGACACGACCCCUUCUGCGACAGAUUGAGAACUUACAGGCCUCAUUAGGUGGACAAACAGCAUCGUGGGAAAAAUUGGAGAGGAAUAUCUCUGAUAGGCUAGCUGAUGCUCAGACACAGCUGGCUGUUGCUGUGGAGAAGGAGCGCUCGGCAGCAGAAGAACUGCUGUCCAUCAAGUCUCAGCUGGCUGCCCUGGAGUCCCAAAAUUCCUUGCUCCGCCAGGAAAAAGCCAGAACCUUGGCACAGCUGGAGGCUGAGAGGAGCAAGAGAGAGAAACUAGAGGAUGAGAGCAGCAGGGAGCAUGUUGAACUGGAAAAUCUGCGAGGAGAGCACAGUCGAAUGCAGGAAGAGACCAAGAAGGAAAAGCUGCUACUGACCAAUCAACUAGAGAUGGAAAAGAUGAAAGUGGAGCAAGAGAAGAAGAAAUUCUACUUGGCACAAGAAGCACUGAAGGAAAAGGAGCGCAAAGCUAUGGCCCAUUCUGUGGGAGAGCCCCCAGCUUCUUCCACACCCUCCCUGUCCCGCUCCAGCUCCAUCAGUGGGGUGGACAACACUGGUCUACAUACUUCUGUUCUUUCCCAGGAUGACUCUUUAGACCACUCACUGGGUACCAUGACCACGUCUUUAUCAAUGAGUGGGACCAAUCUCUAUGAGGCUGCCAGACUGUCUGGGGGCUCCAGCAUAAUAGAAAACCUCCAGUCUCAGCUUAAGCUCAGAGAAGGAGAGAUAGUGCAGCUACAGCUUGAAAUCUCUAGUCUGGAGAGGAGUCGCUCUGUGAUUGCGGAAGAGCUGGUUCGACUCACCAAUCAAAAUGAUGACAUGGAGGACAAGGUGAAGGAGAUCCCUAAACUGAAAAUUCAGCUCAAGGAUCUGGAGCAGAGGCACAACACCAUCCUGCAGAUGUAUGGAGAAAAGGCUGAAGAGGCUGAGGAGCUGAGAUUGGACCUUGAAGAUGUAAAGAACAUGUACAAAAUGCAGAUCGAUGAACUGCUGCAGAACCAGAAAUAAACUGUUUUUGCUGCAUUGUGUUACAGAUCAGUUGAACAUCUUAUAGUCACCCAUGCAUUCACACACACAAAAGAUAGGGAAGAACAUUUUAAGUUUAAUCACUGUCAAAAGAAAAUUGAUUUCUCAUUAUCUAUUAUUUUAAUUAAGUACUAUUUACAUUAUUUAAAAGGGGUGUUUGGAUUAUACAUACAAUACAGUACAUUAUUACAGAAUCAGUAUGAAGGAUAAUCACAGUUUGAGAAAGUAUCAACUUGAAAUCUUUGGGACUAAAUACAAAUUUUGCUUUAGAUAUAAUUUCUCAUAACAGAACCUUUGACACAGUGUUGUAUGGACAGUUUAUAACUGUAGGAGGUGGUGAUGGGUUUUUUUGCACUAUAAAAUUCAUCCUAGUUUAUUAAUGCAUAAUCAGAAUGAUUUAAGAAAUAUAUUACAAAUAUUGUACAGACAAAUGUAUGUAUUCUGAUCUUCUUACAAAUGACUGUAAACCAGAGAGCAGUGUGUGAUUGGAAUCCUUAAUAUUGGAUUUUAAACUAUCAAUAUGUAAAUAAAUAAAUGUAUUUGGAUGGUGGAAAAAUACUAUUA